CCGUCAAGGACCCCUCGUCCUCCAAGAACCCCUUGAACCCCGGAAAGGAAAAGUUUCCGACAGCAUCGGGCGUCGGCGAAGCCUUUGAGAACUUCAAGUCCGUUUCUAAGGAGCCACAGACUUCGGCUUCAGAGAAACAGCUUUCUUCGGCGAGGCAGGGGCGGCAAAGGAAUUUUUCACCCACUCCGGAUAUUGGCACUCGUCUGAAUGGCAACGCAAAUGGCAUUGUUGGUGACAUUAGGUGCAUGAAUAUGCCGAGGAAUGAAGUGUUUUCGGCGACCUUGAAGCUUCCGGCCGGUUUUUCGGAAGGACCCGUUUUUGAGGACGUUUCUGAGGAUGUCGACCCGGGUUCACACCCUCACUGCAAAUUGCGUCCAUUGCCAAUAAACCCGCAAUUGUAUAAAUUGCAAAUCUCUCAGCUCGAACCCUGUGGCGUCGUUUCUUGCAAGCAACCCAACGGACAG